AUGUCGGCUGCAGUGCCCAAGGUCCUGAAAAAGAAGGAGGGUCGGUAUUUCCAUGCUAAUAAGAGAAGUGAGAUACAUGAGAUGAAGGAGGAGUUGCACAGUCAUGAUAAACAUAAGCAGAAAGAUGCUAUCAAGCGGGUCAUAGCGAGUAUGACCUUAGGAAAGGAUGUCUCCAGCCUCUUUCCGGACAUGGUACAAUGUAUGCAGUCGAACCAGAUGGAGAUCAAGAAACUUGUGUAUCUAUAUGUUCUCAAUUAUGCGAAGACCCAACCCGAACUGGCCGUGCUUGCUGUUAAUACUUUUAUGAAGGACGCAGGUGAUCCGAACCCACUUAUCCGUGCCCUCGCUUUACGGACGAUGGGGUGUAUCCGACUUGACCAGAUUUGCGAGUAUUUGCUGGAGCCUCUACGACGGUGCUGCCGCGACCAAGACCCGUAUGUGCGGAAGACUGCUGCCAUAUGUGUUUCGAAAGUGUGGGAGAUAAAUCCGGAAGUCGUAGAGGAUCAAGGCUUCAUAGAGGUCCUGAGGGACAUGACAGGCGACAGAAACCCAGUGGUCGUGGCUAAUGCUGUGGCGAGCCUUUUGGAGCUAUCGGAGAGCAAGGAGGAUCCAUCGGUCCUGGGCAUGAACUCAAGGAUGGUGGAGAAGCUUCUAUCAGCUCUGAAUGAGUGCACUGAAUGGGGACAAGUGAUGCUUCUGGACGGCAUUGCACUGUAUGAACCCAAUGGUUCGCAAGAUGCGGAAGGGGUUAUCGAACGUGUCACGGCACGACUGUCGCAUGCUAACCCAGCAGUUGUUAUGGCAGCGAUGAGAGUGAUCAUGUCCGACUUGGACAAGGUGACAGAGAAUGCCGACUUUGUGAAGCAAGUGGUGAAGAAGCUGCAUCCACCCCUAGUGUCCCUCCUCUCUAACCCACCGGAGAUUCAGUAUGUUGCAAUUCGUAACCUCAAUUUGAUAGUACAGAGAUAUCCGCAGGUCAUGAACAGUGAUGUGAAGGUUUUCUUUUGUCGAUAUACAGACCCAGUGUACCUGAAGGUAGAGAAAGUGGAUAUGAUGGUACGCCUGUGCACUCCGAAGAAUGCUGAGCAGGUGCUGUCAGAAUUUAAGGAGUAUGCUGCUGAUGUUGAUAUCGAUUUCUCUCGGAAAGCGGUCAGAGCGAUCGGGCGAGUAGCAGUGGAAGUGGACGGCGUAGCGAGAAUGGCCAUGCCUGUUCUCCUCGAACUCAUCGAAAUGAAGGUCAACCAUGUCGUGCAGGAGGCGGUCGUGGUUGUAGCUGAUAUCUUGCGGAAAUAUCAUAUAGAAUAUGAGAAGGCGAUUUCGGCACUGUGCGAUAACCUAGAGUCCUUGGAUCAGCCUGAGGCAAAGGCCAGUAUGAUAUGGAUAUUGGGAGAAUAUGCUGAGCAUAUAGAGAAUGUGGAUACGGUCCUCAAUACAUUCAUGGAGUUCUUCGCUGAUGAGCCUGUGAGUGUGCAACUGCAGUUAUUGACGGCUAUUGUGAAGCUUUUCCUCAAAUGCCCUGGUAUCGGCGAGCCUAUGGUGACACAGGUUCUCCAGAUGUGCACAGAGUACAGCGAUAACCCAGACCUGAGGGACAGAGGGUAUCUUUAUUGGAGGCUCCUUAGUACGGAUCCAGAGCUGGCCAAGCAGAUCGUGCUGUGCGACAAGCCAGAGGUUUGGUCCCCGGUGGAGUCGAGUUAUAUGCGACAGUAUCAUCGGCAGCUGCUGAAAAAGCUAUGUGACGAGACUGGGCUCAUGUCGAGUGUGUUUUAUCUACCAGCAGAGGAGUUCAUUACUAGAAUGAGGGUUCAUGAUACAGACGACUACACUGGUGAUGAUUAUCAACAGGACUUGUUGCAAGGAGAUGACAGAACCCAAGCACAGCCGAGAGGUAUUUCAGAGGAGGAUGGGUCCUCAUCUGCUGACGCUUAUACCAGACCAACUCCAGGUCCGACGACGUUCGACCUGCUCGAUCUGUAAUGGGUUCCUCGGCCUAUCAUCGUCACC